AAAUAAUUCGCACAUGUUACCGGAUUCAUGCGCGGCGCGGUGCAACUCUGGUAUGCGUGAGGCAACCGGAAUGCUCGAGGACUUGAUUAAGUAGUGACCGACUCCCAAUCAACAAUAUGACCCAUCAUAGUAAAGAGUCUGGACGAAAUCAUACAUUAUGCCUACCAAUCACGCUGCCUGGAUAGUCGCCCAAGGGAAACCUCUCGAAGUCAAGGAGGCGCCUUACACCUCACCUGGACAUGAUGAAGUGGUCAUAAAGAAUGCAGCAGUAGCUAUCAACCCAGUCGAUUUCCUCCUACCGAAAGUUGUCAGCCUGUUUGCUCCACAAGCCAAACUACCCUUCAUUUUCGGCACUGAUUGCGCCGGCACGAUCGUUGAAGUCGGGUCGGGCGUGACUGCUGUAAAGCCUGGAGCUCGCGUCCUUGGUUUAGCAGUCAGCUUUGACAAGCGUUCCAACAAGGCCAGCGAAGGUGCUUUUCAAGAGUACACCGUUUUGAGGUCAAAUCUCAUAACCAAGAUACCCGACUGGAUGUCCUUCGAAUCAGCGUCUGUCUUACCUCUCGGAUUGGCGACCGCUGCUUGUGGAUUAUUCCUCGAGGAUUUUCUUGGACUCCAGCUUCCUACAGCACCGAAAUCACAAAGACCCACUGGGCAGACUGUACUGAUUUGGGGUGGUAGCACAAGUGUUGGAUGCAAUGCCAUACAGCUCGCAGUAGCAGCAGGAUACGAGGUCAUAUCGACAGCAUCACCCAGAAACCAUGCAUACCUCAAAAGCUUGGGGGCUGCAGAAGUAUAUGACUACAACAGUCCGACCGCAGUCCACGACAUUGUAACUGCCAUGAACGACAAGAAUAGGAUAUCUGCUGGCGCAUACGCAAUCGGUGUCGGAUCUCUGAGUGCGUGCAUCGACGUUCUCAGCAAGACAAAGGGCAAGAAGUUCGUGGCUCAAGCCAGUCAUGACAUCCCGAUGAAAGAGUUCCCAACAAACAUGCUCGCAAUCAUGUAUAGGAUGGGAUCCAGCUUCGUAGGAUGGAAGUUCAAGGGUCUUUCCAAGGGUGUCAAAUACAAGUUUGUGUGGUCAACGGAACUGAUGGUGAACAAGCUCGGAUUCGAGAUGUUCGAAAAGUUCUUGCCCGUCGCGCUCUCCGAGAGAUCAUUCGUGCCAGCUCCGGAGCCACAAGUAGUUGGAAAGGGUCUCGAGGUGAUCGAACAGGCUUUCGAGGUCGCUAAGAAGGGUGUCAGUGCGAGAAAGAUCGUUGUCAGUCUCUGAUGGUUGUUGAAGGGCUCGUGUUAGAUAACGUCGGCCAGGGGGCUUUGAGUUGCCAGCGGCUUCAACUGCCUUAGUAAUUUAGAGCUUCUUAAGUUGGCUUUCGAGGCGCUUAAUUAGUGCUACAUAGUGAUUCUUAAUGUAUUGGAUCAAGGAA